AGGACAUUGCACUAGAGAUGAGAUGAACCUACUCCUGGAAAACAUGGAUUUUGCGCCCGUUCACCACCAGCAUGCCACCUUCUUCAUGAACAUCUCCGUUGAAACGACCGUGUGUUGAAUCAUACUUGAACAUGUACACCUGGAUGGCAACACAAUAAUUAGCUGGGAACUAAAAAAAAAGACAAAGCCUACCAUGUACUUGACAUCGAUGAAAGGGUCAUUGACAGCGACUACUUCAACAUCCUUCUGCAAUGAUGCACGCAAAACAAGGCGCCCAAUACGGCCGAAUCUGAAAUUCAAACCCCAUUAAACAUGGCGGCCGGCUUCCGAACAGCGAAGUCCUAGGUAGAAUCCAUGGCCCAGAAUGGUACGCCAUGACGCUUCGUUCAAGGGCACGUCAAUGUGUCUUACCCAUUAAUCCCGAUCUUUGCCAUGUUUCCCUGCGCAGACUUAUCGUGAUGGCGAGGCCUAGAAGCGGAGCAAAAUUAAAACCUUAAGACAAACCUAAUCUGCCAGCUGCGCGCCGGCAUUUUCGAAUGUCUUCGUUCGUCAAUGACAUAUCGCAAAGUCAGAUACGUAAUUAACUAGCUUUCUGCACCUCACUCUCUGCCGUACGCUUACCAAUCCGGUGAAAUUAACAUUGUUCUUCGUUACAGAUGUAUAACCACAGAUGCCCUUGAAUUCCCCUCUGUGGUCCGAAUAGAAGUGAAAGGUCACGGGGCACACUAGGAACAGCGAGAGUUCGCGAACUUAAGAAGUCACCCCCAAAACGUCUGUAUUUACAAUUUGGAAGGAGGUAAUCGACAGAAUCAAAGUCAAACUUAAGGCAGUAUCGCAAACUUCGCGUACGCAUCAAAGUAUGAUAGAAUUCAAGAUCCGACACGAAAAGCUCGGGAAAAGGAUGAGAUUAUCACUGAGAGCGCAUAGAACGAAACGUUGGAAGGACUAGAAGCCUGCGAUGAACGCGACUGGCAGAACGAGGAACCAGCGCGAGCGACUAACAAACGCCCUUUGGCUAAUUCCAUGACGAAUAAAAGCAGAAGAUCCAUCGUACUAGAUACAUGGGGAAGUGCAUCGUAAUAUGAGCGGAAUACCACUGGAAUACUAGAUACCGAUGAAAUAUGCAGAAAAGAUAUGGACCUACCUCAAAUGCUGAGAGAAUCGGACAACUGCAGGGGGCAAGGGUCACGAAGGCGCUUUUUAUGCCGGGUGUUACUCUCGAUCCAAGGCGAUACCGGUGAUGCUCACAAAAAUAUCAAAAAUACAUUCGACCUUGUUUGUCUUCUUCACAUGGACAAAUGUGCCUUCGAUAUCCCGUUUACUGUUUAGCAAAAAUUGUUGUGACAUCAGUUAUAUCUGUAAUUGUGAUAAACUAAUCCAAUCCAAUCCUCUUUUUGUUGGUUUCGCUCCUGUCACGUGGUUCGUCAUAUCCGCGGGUCGACGGUGCGACUGCGACCUUCAACCCGUAUGUGUAUCGAAGUCGAACACAACUUCGAAACGCUGCAGCCAAACUUCACGGAACCAUGUCAGCUCAAGGAACAGGGCAGAAAUCUAUUCCCAAACCAGUGCGGUUUCUUUUUGGUGGCUCAGCAGGGAUGGCAGCAACCCUGUUUGUCCAGCCACUGGAUCUAAUUAAGAACCGUAUGCAGCUUAGUGGCGAAGGUGGGAAAGCAAAGGAGCACAAAACCAGUCUCCAUGCGAUCCGGAGCAUUUUGCAGAAAGAAGGCCUCACUGGAAUGUACGCAGGCCUCUCGGCAGGGCUGCUGCGUCAAGCAUCCUACACAACCGUUCGUAUGGGAGUCUAUACGUCUCUUUUCGAGACCUUCAGUGCCGAUGGUCGUCCCCCGAGUUUCCUGAUGAAGGCAGGCAUUGGAAUGUGCGCUGGAGCUGUUGGUGCCUUUUGCGGAACUCCUGCAGAGAUCUCACUUAUACGGAUGACAGCCGAUGGACGGUUGCCACUCAACGAAAGGCGCGGCUAUCGAAAUGUGUUUGAUGCGCUGAUAAGGAUCACUCGUGAAGAGGGUCUUCUCACGCUCUGGCGGGGCUGUGUUCCUACAAUCGGACGUGCCAUGGUGGUGAAUGCAGCCCAACUGGCGUCCUAUUCUCAGGCCAAGCAGCUCCUCCUGAAUUCGGGAUAUUUCCGUGAUAACAUCAUGUGCCACUUUGCGGCCAGCAUGAUCAGCGGUCUCAUCACAACGGCUGCUUCGAUGCCUGUCGACAUUGCGAAAACCAGGAUCCAAAAUAUGCGUAUCAUCGAUGGGAAGCCUGAGUACAGGGGUGCUAUCGACGUGCUGAGCCAAGUGAUCCGCAAGGAAGGCUUCUUUAGUUUAUGGAAAGGAUUCACGCCCUACUAUGCAAGGCUUGGACCACACACAGUUCUCACCUUUAUCUUCCUAGAGCAGAUGAACCAAUUCUAUUACCGACAAGUUCUAGGUGACACUAGUGGUAGGGGUGGUCUCUGAAUCGGGGGUGUUCGUCAUUAGCACCGUGUCGUAGAAUAAUUUGCAACAAAUGAAGUUGUGAGCAUUGUACUGCUGACCUGCACACUGUCACCAGUGGCAAGGCCAGAGGCAGGCCAGUUGAACUCUUUAUAUCCUACUUCGAAGCAUAAAACUUCCCAUAUUUGUCAAUGCCUCCAAGACAAAUUUGGCUAUGCUAUCUCAUUUUCGUGCAGUGUAUGUAUUGGCGUAUCUGUGCAAUAGAAGCGGUGAUUAGCACAA